AAGCGCAACUUUUCCCCAGGCAAAGUGAAAUCAAGCCGCGGACUCGGACAAAAUAUAGUCCCCGUUUUUCAACUUAAAAUUAUCGAAAGAAAAGCUAGCUUGCGUUCCUGUCGGACCCCUCGACGUUUGGCCGUAAUUUGGAAAGGACGCGGCCGGGGCCUGGGCUCUUUCUGCCGGGUUUGGAUCACUUUUUAAGACGGGCGGAAAGUGGGUGGAUGAGUCCUAGCUUGUAAAGAAGCGAGAACUUGCUUUGCAGCCCGAGUAGUUCUUCUUUCAAUUGUUAUUGUCGCUUUAAAAAAUCUUUAAUUCACUUAAACUUCGUCUCGGCCGCGUCGAAAGUGGGAGGAAAAGUGCUUUUCCAGUCGGAACAUGGAACUACAAGGCCUACAAGAGGCGUUGAAAGUAGAAAUCCAAUGUCAUCAGGAUGGAGAGCUUAAAAGACAACUGCACGACAGGCAAACAAGAAUAACAGCCCUAAGCGAUAAACAAAAUCAGACGAUAUGCAAAGGCCUCAAUGAACUCCAGAAUGGACAGAAGCUGGCGGUCAGAAGUUGUCCUGUAGGGACGACCAAGCCCCUGUCUCUCAUCAAGACUCCCAGCCAGGGCAUCGCCAUCUCCGUGGUGCCAGCCAAGGCUCCCGUUUCUAUGGUGACCGCACACAUAAACGGACAAAAGGUGGCGAGCUCGGAGCCGCUGCAGACGUCCCCCAUCAACCUCCAAACCAGUGGCAGAGUGGUGGCCGCCGGGGUCCACUCGUUCAGCAGCAGGAGAGCCGGAGAGCUGCCUCCAUCUCAGAUGUUGGGGACUCUCACUGCUGUGCCCAUCAAGGUGCCUCAAGUCAGCUCUCUGCACCGGCUGGCAGGACAAGCAGCCACUGUGCUACCUCAGGUCAGGCCAAAGACCCAGAUCCCCGACAGCCUUCCCCACAGUCCCUGCCAGGAGCUUCAGCCGCUCAGCCUGCAGAAGGCCACUGCUGUGGUCAGCCCCAAGAGCCAGGGCCCCACCUUGCCCACCGCCAACAGCACCUUCAGCCCUGACCACCAGCCCAGCAGCCAGGGAGACGCUUCGCCGUCCCCACUGCCAUCCCACAGCUUGACCGGGGGGCCAGACUCUGGUAGCCCGGCCCAGCACGCCUCUGCAGGUCCCGGUGUGGCGUACGCCAUCAUUGCCGCCUCACCUGCUGCCAGCAACGGGGUGUCAGCUGUCAGCGAGGCCGUCAAGGUGCAGCCACUGAUCUUCAGCGCUGAAAACAAGGUGAUAAUAAUCCAGCCACAGGUCCCCAGCAGCUCUGAGGGUUCCCCGGGGAUCCAGGCUGACCUCCCGUCCCAGGCUGAGGCCUCACCUGCCCACAUAUCUCCCUCCCAGAAGAAGGAUGAAGACCCAGAGAAAAUUGCAUUCAUGAUUGCCCUCGGCCUCGUCACCACAGACCAUCUGGAAGAAAUCCAGACGAAGAGACAGGAGAGGAAGAGACGAAGCACAGCAAACCCAGCGUACAGCGGCAUGUUCGAACCUGAGCGUAAACGUCUGGCGUCACAUUACCUGAACAGCUCGCUCUUCCUGACAGCACGAGACUCUGAGGACUUCUGCUGGAAGGAGGACUUGGAGCAUGACGACCACUGUGCCAUCUGUAAGGAGGACGGCGAGCUGCAGCCCUGCCAUAACUGCCCUCGAGCCUUCCACCCCAACUGCCUCCACCCGCCACUCAAAACCCCCCCUAGAGGACCCUGGUACUGCCCCAAGUGCCAGAAGAAGGUUCUGAACAAGGAGAACUUGUCGUGGCCACAGAACUUUGUUCAGUCCUACGUCACACACAAGACAGUGCGACAGGAGGAGAAACGACGGCUGCUGAGGAGAAACAAUGAGCUGAAGAAAGAAUGUGCUCAUCUGGAAGAAGAAGACAAGAACCUCAACAAGACACUCAAACAAUGUAUGGACGUGAGGGAGAGGCUUCUGGGUCAGCAGAGGGACACCCAGGCCUCGCUGGAGCGCCUCAAAGCUCUCAUCAGGCUGAUUCAACGCGACCAAGUUAUCCAGGUCACCAUGACGACCACCACCACCAUCGCCGCCUCCCUGCUCUCCCAGGCAUGGAUCAAACCCACCAGCACCGCCGUCGCCAGCCCAUCGGCCACACCCCUGCAGAAGAGCCACACCCACAGCCAGGGUGACAACAACUAGUCCCGAUUUUACCGCUGACGUCGAGGGCAGUGUUGAGUUUUUUUGGUCUGAAUAAUAUCUAAAACAUCUUUUUCGGAGAGCUGAUGAAAAAAGCGACAAAAAACUGAGAAGAGCCUCUGUCUCCACUCGAUUCAAGUAUUUUUUAAAACCCAACACCUACAGUGCUUACGAGAUUUCUUUUUUUAAGUUAUUUUCUAUUUAUUAAUGUUCUUGGCCUUAAUGUAAUUAUUACAAGAAGUUAGAUUUGAAUGCUGCGGCAGAGAUGCGAGGGCGAUUUUCUGCGCAGUCUAAAAGAUAUUUCCCUUUUUUAAAAACACAGGUCUAAUUAUUGUUCUGCAUAUAGUGAGAGAGAACAGUAGAGUUAGUCGUAGUAACAGAAAACAGAGGAGUGAUGACAGACUGUACAGUGAUAUAUCCGAGUAGAUGUUUGUUCUCAUUCUCCUAUGAACAAUGUUUUCGCCAUAAUAAUUCAGGUUUUCAUUGUGUAUGUAAACGCAUACGAGCCUUCAAACAAAAACAGAGAAUAACUUUUUUUCAGUAUUAAUAGAGUUAAAGUCAAAGAAAAAAGUAUUUAAGAGAAAACUACAGAAAUUAGCAUUUCUAGUGGAGAUUUUAGUAUUUUCAUGCUGAUGCCUGUUGAUAAAUGUAAGUUUGGAGUAUUCAAGGGGAUCACUGUACAUAUGUUGUAUUAUUAUUACAUCUUCAUUGUCAUCACAGGUUCAUUUGAAAACCAGUCGGUCCCUGUUUGGAGCAAACUGUUUUCUGUUAACACAAACAAGAAUAUGAUGCAAAAAACACACAUGGUGGGAAGAGGGGUAUAUGUACAUCUAAACAUUAUAGCUUUCAAAACACCACAAUAAUAAAAAUGUGAAGUUUCCUAAAAAAUAAAUGAAGCUUUAAGUUAAGCUCGUUUAACAGUAGUUAUGUGUAACCCGCUUUGGAGCCGUUAUUAUAAUACUAUAAAUAAUUAAUGCUGUUAGUGGCAGACAGAUUUAGUUGUAACCAUACUUGAGAAUCUCAUUUUAUUGUUUUUCAUCUCCACCAAAACAAUUCAAGAAGUUGAGCUCAAGGUCAUGCUAUAAGAAAAAUAUUCUUGCGAAAUAUUGUUGCCAAACAAACUCCAUAGUCUGUCAAUAACUGUCAUUACUUUAACAUUUAGGUUCGUCUUGUACAUUUAUUGUUGGUUUAUUUCAUCUGUUUUUGUUAAAUGAAGCCUUUAACAUCAUAGUUAAAGUCAUAUUUUUGUUUGUGUGGGAAAAAAAAAUGGUUAAUAACCAGCAGGGACCAAAAACAUUUCUUUUGGUUCACUACUGCACUCGGACACGUCGGAUGGUCGAUGUGUGAUGCAUCCAUUCAGUCCCUUUUCCCUUUUAACCAGUAUAGAAAAUAUGCCAAAAACUGUCUUUGUUUUUGUACUGGGAUCACCUUUUAAUAAUGUCUAUAGUGCUUUUUUUUUCUCCCUGCCUAUUUUGUAUUUUAAGCUUUUUUUUAACUCGUGUUUUAUGAGCGUUUUAUCAGUGACGAGCCUGUUAAUCUGACAGAUGAACACUGCCUCAAGUACAAAUCGUUUUAAUCCAGGGUUUUUGUCUUUGUUGCGUCAUUUUAUAGACAUCAGUCAGUUAGAAAUGGGACAGCUCUGUCAAACUGCAACAACACUUUUUGACUGUCUGUGGACAAGGGGUCAAACAUGGUGUCCUCCUGGUUUGUUACUGUUCCCAAAAAAAACUAACAAAAAAAAAAAAGAUGUUGAGAAUCGAAUCAGGAGGCUGCUGUUGUGUCCCACUAGUCCAUUUGUCUCACUAGUCUUCCUGCCGGUCCAGAGACGUUCCAUUAAGUGUUAAAACACAUUUUAUUUUUAGUUUUCAUACUGUACUCACCACAUUUCAGACGAGCUGCAGGUCUUUGCUGCCCGUUGAUGCACAAACAUGAACAAAUGGUCUCAUUCAGAGGAAAAAAAACGUCUAUAUGGGGAGAACACAAGGGAAUUUAACUUUUAACUGAGAAGAGGCAAUUUUAUUUCGAUCAUAUCAUUUGUGUUUUAAAUAUCCAAGAUACCGAAAAGAUCCUUACUGUUAGAGAAGCAUCAUCUGCACAGCAUGUUAAGACGACCGGUGCAUUCAUGGCUUUAAAGGUCGGAGAACGACUCCGAGAGAAAUGAAAACAUGAAGGAUAAACAACAAGCAAUAUGACAUCAAACCAAUCCAUCAUGUUCCUUUGAAGAAAGGCCUGUCCGAAGGAGGAAAGUGGAAGUGUUCUGAGGCGUUAAAGCCCAAUAUCUGUGUACAUUUUUGUCUGAAGAUUUUAUUUCCAGUCUGCCGCCCAGUUACUUCAGACUGAAAAAUAGAUGUCCAAUACUGAAAAGCAUAUUUUUAUCUCUGCAUUUGUCCAUGACAAAUUGGAAAUAAGCAAAAUAAAACUCAAAAUGGGUUGCUGCUGCUGUUAUCUGACCAAUAAGUGUUUUGGAUAAUAAUUAUAAAAUAUAAAAUGUUUUUCUUAAAACUCAAAAUCUAAAAUGGUUAGUUUUGUGUCGAUCAAACCAAUGCCUUCAUAAAAAUAUCUGAUUUUCUCAUUCUUGAUCAGUUUAUUCAUUUACACUCAAACAUUAGUCAUUUAGUGUCCAAUAAAGCAGCUUUAACGCUGCAAAUUCUUUGGACAUGAGGCACAGACAAUUGUUUGUGAACAGUUCAGCUCGUAGACGACUGAAGAUGUUAAGUGUACUUUGAUCUUUGAGCACAGAUCAGUCUGAAGGGAGCUGUUCUUAAACUCACUGUCUGAACACAGGAACCUUUUUCACCUUGAUAAGUUGUCGUCGUCCUUCAACUGAGCCAAAUGCACAGGUUUUGUUCUAAAUUACACUUCAUCAGAAUACAGAGCCUGGUAGAUGUCUCUCAUGUCACGUGUGUUGUGUUCACUCCAGCUCAGAAUCUCUGCACCCGUAUCUUAAGUUCCAGUUGGAGAUGGGCCAGCUCUUUAUAUACACAUAACUUCUACUAAUAUCAGAACCAGUACAUGGAAAUUAGCAGAAUUUUGUAUUUUAUACCUUAAAGGCCAAUGUUUAAAUAGUGUGAUUAUUGUUUAGAGCAGUGGCUUCAUACUCGAGCGUGAGAGGUUUAAACCUUGGCUAUACCAUCUCCCUGUCUUAAAAUCCAUGUUCUGAUUCGUACUUGUGCCAUAGAUUUCUUUCACUCCUACACCAUCAGGCCACAACUUUCUCUACUGAUUUGAUAUAUUUUUGAUAUUUCUUCACCACAGCCGUACAUUUGAGUGGAUAGACUAAUCAAAGUGAUAAUCCCUCUCCAUUCUGUCGUUACAAUAAUGACUUCAUGGUCAUAAAAGAGGCAAUGUUUGGGUCUGCAUAGUGUUGAUUUACACAUACUAUUAAAAAGAACACUUCAUCAGGUUCAUACAGUCAGGUUUUGAAUCUACACCACUACCUGCUAACAAACAGUUUAGCCAAGAUUAGAAACCACUAUUUCUGUUCAUGAUUACUGAAGCACAAACUAAACAAUAACCACAUUCAGAACGUGCAACAUUUAUCCUGUUAGAAGUAUAUCUCUGCUCUUUUUCCUUUAAUGGAUAAAUUGUGACAUGUGCUGGGCUCUGUAUCUGCAGAAGAAACAGAUAUGCAUUAACAUUGUACCCGACUUGCCUUUAAAUUAAUAAAAUCAUGAUCAUUGUGGAGUUGUUUAUUUGGGUGUUUUAGGGAGAUCAGCAGAUUUCUGAUCAGAAUGUACCAUGUGAUGCAUAUCGACUGCUCACCUGAGAGCUGUGAUGAGACUCCAGGUGGGAAAAGGGGGGAAAAAAAAAAAAAAAGAAACC